UGAAAUGGGACACCAGUAGUUGGCGGUAGUGCAGCGUAAUGGAUGUAAACCGCCGUUGAAAUACACAGAAGAAGAAGAAGAUGACGUAGAAGGUUACAGGUCCGCUCGGUGCGCUCAGCGACAACAAGCGACAACUCGGAACAAAUCUGGACUGAAGACUACGGACUGUAUAGUAGAAGGGAUAGCUAGAAGAAUGAAGGGAACCUAAAUAGUUUCGUGUAUUGUUGCUGGUUAGUUGACAAAAGUAUAACAAAAGAAAUGGCGGUCGUAGCUGUUAGUGUAUAGAAAGUGCUUUGGUCUUUAAACUAUUUUACUGCGUACUGGAUAAGGAACCCCCGAAUGAAGAAGCGUUCACAGGAUGGCAGGAGUGUUUGACAUAGACUUGGAGACUGAGGACAUCAGUGAUACAGAGGAUGAUGUCUGUGACUUCACUGUGACAGAACCAGAGAAUGUGCAAACAGAGGAGGUGGAGUUGACCAGUGAAAGUGUCAACAGAGACAGUGAGAGAGUUGGACCUGACUGUUUUGAGCUGCUUACUGUGCUGGGAAAAGGAGCCUAUGGCAAGGUUUUCCAAGUGAGGAAGGUUCAGGGUGCUCAGAUGGGCAAAAUAUUUGCCAUGAAGGUCCUGAAAAAGGCGAAGAUAGUGUGUAAUGCUAAAGACACGGCCCAUACACGAGCAGAGCGGGAGAUCCUGGAGACGGUGAGGCACCCAUUCAUCGUGGAUCUGCUCUACGCCUUCCAGACUGGGGGAAAACUCUACCUCAUACUGGAGUGUCUGAGUGGAGGGGAGCUGUUUAUGCAGCUGGAGAAGGAAGGUAUCUUCAUGGAGGACACUGCUUGUUUCUAUCUAGGAGAAAUCACUUUGGCUCUAGGUCACCUCCACUCCAACGGGAUUAUUUACCGGGACCUCAAACCUGAAAACAUCAUGCUUAAUCACCAAGGACACAUCAAGCUAACUGACUUUGGCCUAUGUAAGGAAUCGAUUCACGAUGGAUCUGUUACACACACCUUCUGUGGCACCAUAGAGUACAUGGCUCCAGAAAUCCUGACCAGGUCGGGUCACAACAGAGCAGUAGACUGGUGGAGCCUUGGAGCCCUGAUGUACGAUAUGAUGACCGGAUCACCUCCAUUCACAGCUGGAAACAGGAAGAAGACCAUCGACAAGAUCUUGAAGUGUAAACUCAAUCUGCCCCCAUACCUGACCAUUGUGCCAGGGACCUAUCAAGAGUAUCUGUUGAAGAAGAAUCCAGCCCAAAGACUUGGCUCCAGUAAGGCGGAUUGUGCUGAAAUCCAGAAACAUCCGUUCUUCAGGCAUAUCAAUUGGACUGACCUGCUCAACAAGGCAGUGGAGCCGCCAUACAAGCCACGACUGCAUUCGGACGAGGAUGUAAGCCAGUUUGACACCAGAUUUACCAGACAGACACCAGUGGACAGUCCAGACGAUACCACACUCAGCCACAGUGCAGAGCUUGCCUUUGCUGGUUUCACCUACGUGGCUCCAUCAGUCCUUGAGAGUCUAAAAGAAGGCUUCUCAUUCGAACCCAGAACUCGACCUGUACGUCGACACAACAGCAGCCCACGCACACCCAUUAGUCCUAUGAAAUUCUCCCAAGCCGGACCAUUCAAGUCCAGUAUUGAGGGAGAACCAGAGCUUUUCUCUCCCAUCUCUCCACCAGCAGCUACAGUACCUGUGACACUGGAAAACGGUGGUACCAGUCAGCCAAUAAGGACGCCUGCAAGGAACAAGAAGCAGAAGGGACAUCAGAGAUGAGAAGGAAAUCUUAAGAGACAACCUACGCUGCAAGACCUUGGUCAUAACAUUUUUCAUAGCUUAUAGUAAGUGUGAGGCACAGAGCCGAAGUGUUUUUGAUGGUUUUAAUGCUUUUUUUUUGAAGUGAUUUAACUUCAACUUCCUUGAAAAGCCAUAAAUCAAAAGUGGAAAGCUCUCCAUUUGCGCUUCUUCUUUCUCACAGUUAUCUUUAAAAACCGAUACAGUUGUAGGCUUAUUGUUCAGGACUUACUGUUUGUCAUAGGACUAUCUUUUUACAGGUAGAUCACUCUACACAGAUUCAGUUUUCAUGCUUUUACUUGUCUCAGAUUGUCACUUCAUUGCGUAAAGCUUAAAUUUACAGCUUCCAGAUGUCUGCACUAAUAUACAGGAAACAAUGACUUCAUAUAACUAUUUCUACAAAAAGCACCGGACAGGGCAACAGAAUCAAUGAUUCUUCUUCACCAACUUCAGUGAAUUUAUCGCUGGGAGUUGAGGUCGUAUAUAUGAUGGAUUGUUUGGUAGCAGCGUUUCAUUUUGUACCAGCAUGCUAGUACAAUGACAGAGUAUGUGUAAAUAACGCUGGGUUCUCCAAAAAGUUUAAUUGGAGAACUGAUGAAGGGUCACUUGAUUGAAGUCCUGAUUCUUUUCCAUUACGGUUGAACUGUGAAACUUUCAGCCUUCAGGUUAUUAGGUAAGUCUUGACUGCACAGACUAGAAUAGAAACCACAGAGUUAAAUGCUACAUCGCACACCGAUAAUUCACAAAUGUCACAUCUUAAGUGAACAUUUCUGUGUGGAAAUGUGGUGCAUUCAUCAGUGUUUUUCAUUUCUCUGAGCCUCUUAACAGAGAAUCUUCAUGACUUUUGCCAAAGCUUUUAACACAUCCUAUCCUCAUAUUGUACAAAUGGACCAAUCACACUAUCUAUAAUAGAGUGACAAAUUAUAAUGUUAUAUCUAAAAAAAAAGUAUUUUUGGGUCACUGAACAAAACCCUUUUUACACAUGGAAUAUAGCUCAGAUAAAUAAAUGAAUUAACGUGUUUGAUUGUUAUUGCCCUGACAUACCUGUAAGGGGUGAUGCAGGGUAAGGUCACUGCAAGCAUGCUUAGUCAAACACAAAUUAAGCACUUAUAUGUAUCACAGAAACUUUAUGAGGUUCCCUUUAAUAAAUGACUUCUAGAUUAUAGAAAAUUUAACCAAGUCCUCGCCCAUGUCACCAUGUCUUGUAACAGGACAAUAUAAAAAACAGUGGAGCGUACACAAGUCUUAAACACAGGCAGCCUAUCAAGGCAACAGAGACAAACUUAUUUGGAGCAGGCAUUGUAAGUCCAAAUAUUAUAAUUUAUUUUAGUUUUAAGAAAAUGUAAUACAGUCUUGGUUAAACAAUCAAUGAACUACUGUAUACAGUCUACAAUCAUUGCCCUCAAUCCAGUGAUGUAUAUGCAAUUAGAGAUAAUGGAGAUAGUGGAGAUAGCAAGUAUUCUUUGGUGAAGAGUUUGCACUGGAAACAAUCAAACAAAUGGAUGUCAUUACAGGAUUUCCCCUAGAAAAAUUGUGGCAAGCAACUGUUUUGACUGAGGCCUGGCCAGCGACAGACUGAUGGCCCCAUUAAGGUAGGGUCCUAUAGUUUCCGUGACAAUAGAAGCAUGGACUGAAUCGCAAAAUUGAGAAUAUAAUGAAGCUAUAAGAGAUUCCAUAGGGGCCUACAGUACAUUAAGUCGGUGCUAAAAGCUGACCGCUAUGUUUUCAACCGUUGGGGGGAAAAAAAACCUUAAGCUAUAGUGCGUAGUUUCUUUCUCCCCAUUAGGAAUUCUAAGUAAUGGUAACAACACUGUUGCUGUUUCCACAUGAUACAAGCCUUUGCAGUUGCUAUUAGCCAAGGAGGAUGUGGAGGAUUGAAAAAUCAUGGACUCUUCAGAAGAGUUAUAGAAAUAUCUUCACUCGAGUUUCUGUGUGGGAAAGUCACCGGACGACACAACCUUCUGAACACAGCCACACUGAGAAAUCCAGAGAGAGUUGUGUGGAGCUGAUAUUCUUAAUUGGCUUUGUAGCAACUCAUGUAUUAAUGGCUUCCAUGUAACAUAUGUUUGUUAAUAUCAAAAAGUUACACAGUAAAGCUUUAAAACUAAAUUAAAAAAAAAAAAAAUGUUCCAAUGCUUAGGCAUCAACCGGACGUGCAGUACUCUAGGGAGUACCCUGCAUUAACAUGUCUGAAGAAAGCAAUGGUCCCGGAGGAUAAACCAUAAUGAUUUCACUAUUUCAUGGUUCUAUAUUUUGUCUGUAUUUCCUCAUAUGAUUAUUAAUAUUGAACACUUUGGGUCUUCAUAAAGUGAAGCUGCCUUUUAAAAUCACAAGAUUCCUGCUUUCUUGCUCCUGUAUUCAAUGUUCUCCUGCUCACAACUGUGUGAAACCGGUAUGACACAUAAUGUGUUCCUACCUUCCUUCAUUAAAGUGCUCAUAUCAUGCUUUUUGGCUUUUUCCCUUUCCUUUAUCGUGUUCUACAUCUUUUUUGUGCAUGUUAUAGAUUUACAAAGUACACCCUAAAGGGACAUACCAUCUCCAUCAGAAAACACUGUUCACCAACUGGUCCAAACAGCUCUGUUGUAGUCCAGUCUUUACUUCAGAGACAAAUGUGCUUCACUUUGUAACACACGUUAUAAUGCUCGCCUAGCUGCUAGCAUGGCACGCCCUUAUACUCGGCUUCUGAUUGGCUAAUAGACCUUACCUAGGUACUGUCAAGGAACGCCCUCAUACUCUGCUUCUGAUUGGCUAGUAGUCCUAUGGGUACUGUGCAUAUAUACUCCCAACAAAGAGUGUGUGGUGCCUCACUCUGUAGCUACAACAACAGAGCUCAACACACAGGGUGAAAAGAGGAGCUGCAGCAAUGUGAUUAAAAAAAUAAUACGGUGUUUUUUGAAAAUUAAACCACAUAAACCUAUUCUGAUAAAACCUCUAAAUACAACUAUUAACCUGAAAAUGAGCAUAAUAUGAGCACUUUACCACUGGAUGUGGAGUCUGUAUGGUACAUGUUUGAGGCUGAACUGUAAACAACCGUCUGUCACCCCUGGGUGAAUACUCUGAUACAUGGGCAACACUUCACACUGUUUCUGGAAAGACAUUGUAACUACUAAUACAUGAUUUGUAAUGCAGGGUGAAAGGACACAGGGCUCUGUUUAUUUUUCUUCUUUUUUUGUCAUUUGCCUCCCUCUUGUCAUGAAAUUUGCAGUUGGACAGCUGGAACAACUGUUACAUUGUGUUCUUUUUUAUUUUUAUUUAUUUACAUAAAUAAGAAUCAUUAUAGAGUGGUUUAUGCAGGGCCGUGAAAAGGAUUCUAAACCUCAGGCGUUAAUGGACUUUUUUGCAGAUUUUAUUCUUUGUGCCCAUGUUUUCCUUCUGCUAACUAAUGAAUGUGUUAAGAAGAAUUAACCUUAUUUG